AUGGCGUAUAAUCCCUACGGUGGAGUGCCUGGCUUCGGCCCGCCUCCGACAUACGGUUCAUAUCCUGGAGCUAGCGGUGCUCCAGGUGUUCCGUCUGCUCCUGGUCUAGGACCUCCUCCAGGCAUGUCUGCCCCAGGAAUGGCGCCACCACCUGGCGUUCAGCAGCACAACAUCAAUCAAGCUAAUCGACCUAGCGGUCUGCCAUCCAACUUCCAAGCUCCUCCGAAUAUGCCUAAUAUUAACUUCAACGCCCCCGUCAUUCGUCUCGGUACCUCUACGAAACCCCCAACCCCUGGGAUGCAAGGCCGCAAAGACAGCGAGACCCCCAACUCUGCUGGCCCUAGAGGAGGUAUGGGGAUGGAACGUGGCUUAGACCAAACACGACAGGCCAUACGCGAGAAUAUGCAAGCAUUAGUCCCACCAACCAAAGAAGAAAUCGUGCGGACUGUCUUUGUGAGUGGGAUCACAGAUGGAAUUAGUAGCAAUGAGGGUGUGGAGAAGAUCCUCAGCACCGUGGGUAAGGUGCGCCGUUGGGAUAGAGCUGUCGAUGCUGGUGGGAAAGAAAUGACCUUUGGUUUCGCCCAGUUCGAAGAUAUCGAGUCCCUCUGGCUCGUCUCCGAGAUCCUAAAAGAUAUCAAGGUACCCGUGAAAAAGCAAUUACCAUUAGACGAGCCCGCGAACGACGACGAUUCCUACGCGAAUUUCGAAAAAACAAUCCUUCAAGUUAAAUUAGAUGAGAAUUCGGUAAAAUACCUGGAGGCGUAUAGGGAGAGCAGGCCUGAUGACUCCGGUGCAGAGGCAAGACGGGAAGCUGCCAGAGGUGCGUUAAAGCAGACCAUAAAAAAUCUCUUUUAUCCUACCUCGCGAUCUGGAGCAGACGCGGAUGGGGAUGUCGCUAUGGGUGACAGCUCGGCUCAGAACGGCGAGAAUGUUGAGGUGGUUAAUAUCCCCUUGGCACAGGAGGACGAACUAGCCGAUAUCCCAGCUGAGAUGCGCGAGACCGUUGCUGCUGAAAUUGCCGCUUUCAGAGAACGAAGUAUUAGGCGAGAUUUGGAACGCUUGAAGAGGGAGGAAGAACUCGAGGCAAUGGAACGUCAAAGGAAUGGUGCAUCUCGGCCCUCUCGAUUAGCGUCACCGCCGCCUUCCAGUUCAAAUAAUAUUCCGCUAGGACCACGCGGUGUACCGAACGCGCCAUCUGGUCCGAAGGGACAGAAGUCUGAUAUGGGCAAGGAUUACAAUAGGUCAAUCAAUUUUAUUAACGGCGGCACGACAAAUGGUAGUCAAUCUUAUAACAGGGAUGAUGAGGACGAUUCGGCUAGUGAUGAGGAACUAGAGCGUCGUCGAAUCGCUAAGCAAAAUGCGGAGACUGAGAAGCUCUAUCUGGACGCCGAGCGCCGAUGGUUGAAUCGGGAGAAGUCUCGCACAGCUGCCCUAGAACGAGAAAAGGAGCGCGACGGCUCGGAUGCAAAAGACUUUGCUAAGAACAGAGAUAAAGUUCUCCAGCGACUCAAACAUUUUGAUGACGAUGCGGAGGCAUCACGAAAGUCGGAAGAUUAUUACAAGGACCGGAGCGCUUGGAUCAGAAAUCGCACUGCAUUUAGAGCUAGAGAAAUAGCAGCCGAUGACACAGACCGACAAGCAGAAGAGCAAGAACGCGUUAAGGAAGAGGCGGAGCGAGAGCAAGCACGGGGUAUGGCUGAUUCGUUCCUUGAGAGGCAAGCUCAGGAGAUGGAACAGCGCCAAGCCAGUAGGGUCGGAAUUACCGCACCUCAACCCUUCAAACUAUCUCUCGGCGCAGCUGCGCAGAAGGCGCAGGCGCAACGUGCGGCGCCACAAAGGAAGACCAUCGCCGAGGUUGAGGGUCUUCUCGAGGACGAGGACGAAGAUGCGACUUCUAGGCGGCAGCUCAUACCAAUUCAAUUUGAGCCCGCUGCUGCUGCGGCCAUGUCCGACGAAGAACGAGAUCAAGCUGUGCGUGCGUUGGCACAAGAAAUUCCAAACGAAAAGGAAGGACUCUGGGAGUGGGACGUCAAGUGGGAUUUCUUGGACGAGAGCGUUAUUCGCGAGAAGCUCAGGCCCUUUGUCGAGAAGAAACUGGUCGAGUAUCUAGGUGUCCAGGAGCAACUUCUUAUCGAGGUUGUAGAAGAGCAUCUUCGGAAGCACGCCAAACCUGCGGAGCUGGUAGAGGAAUUGGCAGAGGCCUUGGAUGAUGAAGCCGAAGCUCUUGUUAAGAAGCUUUGGAGGAUGGUUAUUUUCUUCACCGAGAGUGAAAAGCGUGGUCUUUCUGCAUAG